AUGACAUUUACCGAUUCGUCGGGUCAAAUGGGUAAGUUUUAAUUUGAAAAAAAAUCAAAAAUAGCGUAUUUCACUUUUAAAAAACUAUAUUUAGAAAAAUUUAAGUAAAUACGAAAGCAAACAAUUCUUUACACAGUGAAAAUAUUCAAUUUUUUACGAAUACCUGUACAAAACUACCUAAAAAGUGAAAUUUCAGUGUUUGAGCGAUUACAAUAUCAGCGGAAAACUGGCCGAUUCACAGAUUGCGAGGUGCAUGUCAGCGAGCGGCUUUUCGCCGCCCAUCGGAACGUUUUAGCGGCGCACAGUCCGUAUUUCGAUGCCAUUUUCAAAUUUACGAAAAUAACCAAGGAGCAUGUACGUUUUUCACUUUUUUCUCGCUAAAAAUUUGAAAAUUCCCGUAUUCUUCGACGAAAAAUUACUGUAAUGUUUGCAAUUGCGCGUCAAUUGCGCGUCAAUUGUUGCACAAUGCGCCCAAUUCCACGUCAAAUCGCUCUUUUCAGCUAACAAUAAACAGUCGGGAGCCAGAGGCGUUCGAAAGGGUAUUAAACUACAUGUAUAGCGGAAAAAUCAUCAUUGAUCGACAUACAAUACGAGAAAUAUUACGGUUUUCCAAUAAUUUUAUGGUAAAAUUCAAAAAUCUUCAAAAUUAGCAAGGAAAAGGGUUUUGCAGAUAAUGAGGCUCAAAAACUACUGUUUCGAGUAUCUGGAUCGGUACAUGGACGCCUCGAACAGUCUUUCAAUACGAAAUCUCGCUUACCAGUACAACUUCCCAGCGCUCGUCAAAGUUUGUAGACAUUUCUAGGGAUUUUCGGCUAAAUCGCUCAUUUUCAGUCGUCAAUCUCUUAUUUCGACGCAAAUUUGAAUAGAUGUCUUCUGGAAGAUUUAGAUAUUCUCAAUUAUUCGUUCACUCAACUGACACGGCUCAUGGAGCAGGAAAAGUACAAAGAUUGCAUAUCGGCCGACACUUAUUUGAAGUAAUUCUAUUUUGAAAAGCUUGAAAAUCUCAGAAAUGUCUUCUUUUCAGACUAAUUGUACGAUGGGUUGGAAAAACUGAUGAUCCGAGGUGAGUACGGAAAAAUAUAGUGUCCAACCAGAAAUUUUGAACAUUUUUAGAUCGCUGACGUUCGAAAGACAGCCAAUGUUCCGGAUACUGCUGGAAAAGUGCGAAUUUCGGGAAGUUUCAGCAGAAACUCUCGAAUUUUUGCUCGACUACUCGCCACUGCUCCAGAAGAAUCCGCCGAGUCGAUACCUUACCCUUCAUGUCAUGUUAGUCGAUUUUUCAGUGAAAAAACUUAUGCUAUCGUGUUUAGGGAACAAAACGAGAUGCUGAUGGACAAGUACACGGCCCAACUGGCCUCGCUGCGGCAGAAAAUCGGAGAGUUGCCUCCGCUGAACCCUUCGGGCCAAUUCGAAGACGAAUACUACGAGACCGACGAUUCGGGCGGUGAGCAGGAAGAGGAUCACAUUGCAGAGGGACAUCCGACACUUUCUCAAGUGGUACGCUUUCGAAUUUAUAGAAGUUUUGAGAAAAAUCGAGUUUUCAGCUCAAUCAACCACUAAAAAUGAAGUUGGUGCUGAACAAGAAGAGCGACAAGUAUCGGUAAUCUAUUCAAACGUUCCUGCCAGUUUUUGAUAAUGUCCAUAAAGUUACAGAUUGAAGCGACCGAGACCGUCGACGAACACGAAGGAUUCCACGACUCAGGCGGCCCCCGAGAAUGAAAGUAAGCCUGGUCUUCCUGUAUUUAUGACUAGAAUGAGCUGAAGCUAGAUAUUGUUGCAUUGCGAAUUUCAUUCGCCCCUCCGGCGCAUCGAAAUUGCAGAUCUGGCGUUUUUCCAAUGAAACGCCGAUCUCAAAUCAUCCAUUUCUCACAGGCAUUCCCUGGACGGACGAAGACGGAAUCGACGGAGUGUUCGCGACGGCAUCCCUGGAGCAGGCGCACACUUACGGACCGGAAGAUCUUUUGGACCCGGACGAUUGCGAUGACGAUCAGGACGAUGUGGCCGACGAGAACGGAGAAUGCGUGUGCAUUUAUUGCGGAUUCCGAACCUCUGACGAAGAUGUUUGUUCUCUUUCUUUUUGUUUUUUUUUUGUACUAUUGCUCUUGCAGAUGCUCGAAAAGCACAAAGCGCGCUACCACAACCGCAACACCUACUAUCUGUGUCAUUUGUGCGAAUUCGAGACGAACUGGAGCAAACAAUUUUAUUCGCAUUGCAACGAACACUGGGUAGGCGGCCUCUUUUUAAAAGUGGUAAAUUUUAAGUUCCAGACGGAACGACCGUAUCGGUGUGAAGAGUGCUCAUUCGUCAGCAAUCGGCUUCAGGACUUUUUGACGCAUCGCCUCGAACACAGUAAGCAAUUUUUUUCGGUUUUCGUGUUUUUUCUCUCUCUCUCUCUCUCACGAACAAAUCCUAUUCAUUUUCAGCCGAUGAACGCUUUUUCAAAUGCGGCGAGUGCGCGUGGAAAGGACGGACCCGUUCGCAACUAUUCGCCCACGAACGAAUGCAUUCGGUGCUCGACAACCGGCCGUUGCAUUGCGAAGAAUGCGGGCGAGGAUUCUACACGCAUUCGGCACUCGAUCAUCACAUUGACACGCACGACGACGUCAGGUAUGUUUUGUGAGCUGUGCCAGCUAGGUCACUUCCCUUUUUCAACUUUUUGUCUGAAUAUCAGUGCAAGAUAAGAUGGUCGGCGGCAUUUAUAAAAAUGCGACAUACCUGAAGGGAUUGCCAGAGUGACCGUUCUCUGGUAUUUGAUCUCCAUAUCGCAUCACCAGCGGGUCAGAAAAAUCUGAAAAAAGGUCUAGAAAACAGCGUUGUGAUUGUAGUCCCUUACGGUCGAAUGCCGAGAUAAAAAACCGUCAAAACAUCCAUAUUUUUUCCUCCAGGAAACUGAUCUGCCAAGACUGUGGAUUCGCGACGAAGACGAACGAGCAUCUGAUAAUCCACAGAAGGCAGCACUCGGCGGACAACUUCAACUGCCACAUUGGUCAGUUUGUACUCUUCAUAGCCGCCCGGUCCCCCUUUGAUAUCAUUCCUCACUUCGGCCCAUCCAUCAUCUCCUUUCACUCUUCGUCACAUCCAAACUGUUUUCGUCGGCGCUGCGUCCCUCCGUCGCGCGCACUCUCUCGUUUUCUGGGUUCUCCUUGGCGACAGAGUGCCCCGCCGGAUGCCCGCAAAGUUUUGAGAAAAAAUGGAGAAAAGAGAGAGAGAGAGAAUCAUUCGAUGUUUGCACGGAAUCGGGGAUACUGUACCUGGGUACGCGCUUUUUUAUCGCCCGCCCACUUUCAUAAAAAAAGGCAUAAAAUCAUUUGGCGAAACGCUCAUUUUGAUUGCAUUUAACCUGCAUCUUGACUUGCUGCAAAUGUUUCCCUAUUAUCCAGGUGAUAACCCAAAAGUAGCCUCCAGAAAUCCAAAUAUUGUCCAUCUUUUCAGCGGGUUGCGAAUAUUCGGCAACGAAAAAGUCGCAACUGGCCGCCCAUCUGCGGACUCAUAUGGCCGUCCGCGCGCAUCUUUGCAAGCAAUGCGGACGCGGAUUCAUCGAGAAAUCACAUCUGGUGCGGCACGAACGAAUCCAUUUGGAGGAGAAGCCGUUCAAGUGCGAUCAGUGCGAGUACGCGUCGAGCAGAAGGGACAAGCUCAAGGUACAGUAACCCAUUCGGAAGGGAAAUGAAUAAUAUAUUUGUAGGAGCACAUCAUCAAGCAUCACAACACGGAAGCCGGGCUGCAGCACAAGACGCAGCGGCGGCGGAACAAACGGCAGCGGAUGUUGGCGGCGGCGACGAAUUUGGCACCGCACGGCGGCGGGAACAACAAUCCGGAGGCGCUGUUCCGGCCGAUUACGAUUGACGAGCAGAUGGAGUCGGUGACCACGUGGCAGAGACAGAAUUUCGAUGUACGUUGAGGGUUCUAGUUGCGUCGCGAAAGCUUCAAAUGACGGACUGAAGUUCGAAUUCAAAGCCAGGCAAAUCGUUUCGGCCGCAAACCAGUAUAUCUCGUGGACCGAAAAACAGUAAACUUUUCAGUCGUACUCUUCGCCGCGCCACAACGACUUUGGUCCCUCGACGUCCACCUUCAACAACCACUCGCCGCCUCGAGCAUUCUCUUCCGUCGGCCCCGCCCACCAAUCCCACCACCAGCAGCAGGGAGAACAGUCCCCCGGAGCCAUGUCGAUGCUGAACAUGCCCCUCCGCGAGAACCAUCAUCUCGUCGAAUCCACGUCGAACGCUGCGCCGCCGUCCCUCCAGACGUCGAUUGCGGCGCCCGUCCCACAGAUUCCGGUUCAAGUGCAGGCUCCCGUUCCGUCUCGGCCCAUCCAGAGGGGACCGUUGGACGGAAUCGAAGAGCUGGAUGUGGUCGGAGGGCUCGAUAUUCAGCCAAUGAUGAACGACUUUAUGAUCAGGUAUGAACGAUCGGCAACGGGUCCCCGCUCACUCAUUCCAGUUUCAGAAACGCGCACAACAACAGCGUGGUCCCACCGUUCAACAUGCCGUCCACUUCGGACGCGCCGCCUCUUCAGCAACAGCUUCGCCCGCUCAGUCUGCCGACGUACGGCCAGAUGGACUUUGUGCAAGCUAUGUCGCAGGCGCAUCUCCAGCAGCAACUGCAGCAACAACUGCAGGCCCUCCAGCAGCCGAACCUCCAACUGGGCCAGAAUCUGCAGAGUCUGGCCGGAAGCCUGCCGACGAUCGCGCAGGGAGCCCCUCCGAAUCUCGGGCUGACGGCGCAGAACCCGGCGAAUCAGCAGGAUCCGAGUGUGCAGCGAUGGAACUGGCAGUAG